AUGGGAAGGCACGCGGGCAUUGGUGUGAGUAAAGGGUAUGGGAAGGCACUCGGGCAUUGGUACGGAGUCAAACACGGGCUGACCUUCGCCCUGCCCAUCCACUACGGACGGAUAACUAUAUCUCCCAAAAUUCUGCCUCCUGAGUACCACGGCGCUCCCGACGGCCGCUACCACAUGGUCGUGUCCCACACUCAGUUUAGUAAGGAGGGAGCAGAGAAGGUGAUGAAGGAAUCAGCCAAAUAUGUUGCAACUGUCCGGGAACCAGUAUCACGUUUUGUGUCCAUGUGGUUUUUCGCAAACUAUCAAAAGAGAUUUCACAAGACUCUUACUGCCUUCCUAAACCUGCCUCAAUAUGUACCACAGCAUAAAAAGAAAUUCAAUAUGAUUGCGGAUUAUUUUGGAGUCAAAGAUCCCCGCAAAGACGUACCAGAAGGUGAAGUACUUAGCAAGGCGAGAUGGCUCAAUGAGGCCUUCGACUUGGUGAUGGUUGCCGAGAGGUUCGACGAGUCGCUGGUCCUCCUGAAGCACCUCAUGUGCUGGAACACCGAGGACGUCGUUUACCUCAAGGCCAAGAUUCGGAAGCCCACUUAUAGGGCCAAGCUCUCGGAGGCGCAGAAGGAGAGGCUUCGGCAGCUAAACAGGCAGGAUGUCAUUCUGUACAAGUUCUUCAGGGAAAUCUUCGAGGAGAGAGUCAAGGCCUUCGGCGAGGAGAGGAUGCAGAGGGAAGUCGAGGAACUUCGCCAAGCGAACGCUCGACUCAUCGACGACUGUGGAGCUAAGCCAUCUUGGCCAACCGGGAGGGUCAAAACGUGGACAGUAACGAACGACUCGAACCUCUGUAAAAUGCUUUCAAUGGAAGGUUAUAAUGUUCAGAACCAGCUGAAGAAAAGACAAAGGUUAUGGGUAGCUAGUAACUUGACUUACGACCUGUUAACAUGGUCCUUUACUUAAGUGAACGAGGGAGAAAGGGAAUGUGAA